UGAUUGCGGAACUGUAGUUUGUAGCCUAAACCUGCCUUCAGCCGCUGUAUUAGAAACUAAGAACUGGCGUGAGAUCAGCAGAAAACCGCCUCGGCGAACCGACGGCGUGACGGCGCGGCCCAGCCUAGACUAACAAGAAUAUUUACAUUAUUUUUUUUAUAUCAACCCUGAGCUGUUCACUAGUCAGUUAAGCUGAAUGUUUGGAGUGUGAGCUGGUUGAACAGCCACCCGGUAGUGUAAGCUUGAUCAGACAUGGCUGUUAGAUGCAGCUUUCUUGCCUGAUGAUAGAAAGUGGUGGGUGUGGCCUGGAGUGAGUGACAGGUCAUGGACAGUCUGUGCAACAGCGUGGACUCGAGAGCCACAGCAAGGGGUGUGGGCUCUGUCAACUCCACCCCUUUGUCUGCCCGCAUUGAUUCCUAUGAAGGUGUGGAAAAGAAGUGCAUCUCUGAUCUCCGAAGAACCUUCUGCCUGUUUGUGACCUUUGACCUUCUCUUCAUCACUCUGCUCUGGAUCAUUGAGCUCAAUGUCAGUGGAGGAAUAGAGGAACAGCUAAAAAAGGAGGUGUUACAAUAUGACUACCACAAUUCCUUUUUUGACAUUUUUAUACUGGCUGUGUUCCGUUUUGCCGCCUUGAUCCUGGCGUAUGCAGUUUGUAGACUGCGCCACUGGUGGGCCAUCGCGAUAACAACGGCGAUCACCAGUGGUUUCUUAAUUGCGAAAGUAAUUAUAUCAAAGCUUCUCUCUCAGGGCGCAUUUGGCUACCUGCUUCCCAUCACCUCAUUUAUCCUGGUGUGGCUAGAGACGUGGCUUUUAGACUUCAAAGUGCUGCCACAGGAAGCCAUUGACGAAAACAGGUAUCUAACAAUACAGAGUAUCUCAGAGAGAGCUCCACUCAUGGUGCCCGGGCCUCUCUCAGAUGGACAGUUCUACUCACCACCGGAGUCUGUUGCAGAUUCUGAAGAAGAUCUUGAUGACAAGCAUGACCUUGAGAAACCCAUCGUCUAGCAGGUGUUCCCAGGUGCACAUGUAAUGGAAUGUCCAGUAAGGCAUCAUGUAAAGGCUGUGAGUGUAUCUGGGUUGCUCAGGAGUAAUCAGUACUGUGUCAGCACUAAGGUCUCAGCUCGUGUCCCUACCUUGAGCUGCAUUUUAAUUUCCGUGGUUAAUCUUCCAAGUGAUUUUGACAGCCACUCUGGUCUCACCGUUGUCAGCAUUAUGGUCUUCAGCCUUACUGUCAGAUUCCCAGAGAAGCAUAUUCUCAGUCAGGGGUUCUCAGCUGUAACCUAUUUACAGAGAACAAUUCAUUGAGCAUCAUGUUCAACUACUUUACCAGACAAAAUGGUGUUUCCACAUUGCUUUUUGAUUUGUUCUUGAACAAAUAUCACUCUGUUUAUAAUGAACAGAUGUUCAGUUUUGCUUUUGAGUCAUGCACUUUUAUAGUUUCUUGAUCCACUUUUGUUUAAGGCUCUACAGUAGCAAAUGGCUGCAAGUGUGACUUCCUAAUGAGGGCUGUUGACGCUUCUUGACGCUUUUUGUGUUUAUAUUAUAUUUAGAUCACUCAAAAAUCCGAAAUAUAUAAACGUCCAUUAACUGUGGCUGUGGCUGCAGAACCACAGAUUAUUGGGGUGUUCGGAAUCAUAUUUAUUUACCUCGUACUUCAUACUGUUUUAUUCUAUCACCAUUUUAACAUAUUUGCCGUCAGUCCUUGUAAAUAACAUAGACCUUAAAAUGUUAAAGGUAAUUACAUUUUUUUUACCUGUAACAUGUUAGGGACAGUUUGCUUACCCACAAACUAACAAGCACCAUGAAGGGCUCUCUUGAUUCUGCAUGAUCAUAAACUGUUUACUACAUUUGUGUGGAACGAUCAUUUGUUCACAUGCAUGUUGUCUGGCAGUAGACAUUAGCAAAAAAUCACGCGUGCAUUUGUUCACAAGAAACUUUUUAGUUGGUUGAUUUUUUGAGUUAAUACUUUAGGCAAGAUCUUUUGUAAGUGAGGGAAAUCAUUCUGUGCCAUUCAGGGUUUUUUUUUUUCAUGUUAAAUGUAACAUCAUUUGUUUUAAUUAAAGUUUCUGUUUAUGUCAGACUA